AUGGAUCGACUGGGUGUACUGGAGAUCAAUGAUCAGCCGCAAAAGCCGCCGCCGAGACGGCGCACCAACCAAACCGGACUGAGCGAAAAGCCUCGGCCUCGUCCGAAAAAGAAGAAGAAAAGGACUUUCUGCUGCUUCGAGAUCAUAGACGAAGAGAGCGACGAUGAUUCUAGACCGCCGCUCCCAGUCCAGAAACCAAUGCAGACUCUUCCAGCUCAUGGUCCCUCGCCGUUUCCGCAGAAUCCAUACCAGGGCCGACAAAAUGACCGCAUCCCGUCAUCUGCACAGCAAAUAUCAUCCACCUUGCAGACAUCAUCUCGUCCUUCUGUCCAAAACUCGAGAAAGUCGUCGCAGACGCAGUCUCUUCUGUCAUGGAUUCCUUCUGUACAUUCUCCACAGACGACGUCCAUCCUUCUCACCGAGCUGGCCAAGCCGAUCUCCCGUGCUGAUGAAGAAGGCUAUAUUUAUAUGUUCUGGGUAACACCAACAACAUCAUCGCGAGGAAACGGGACCGCAGGACCUCCUGUGCCAAGGGAUAUCGCAUCUUCCCUUUUUCCUGAGACUCCUCAGAAGAGCGGCUCUCUUCGGCCUCCGCCACAAUCGCACAGCGUCAGCGAUGCUAUUCGUGUAGCGCGAGACCUCAACGCAUUGGCUUCUAACCCAUCAUCUACCGGGCCUGGGACAAUCAGACUGAAGAUUGGGAGAACAAGUAAUGUCCAUCGACGACUUGCUGAGUGGACACGCCAAUGCUCGCACGAUCUUACCUUGAUCCGUUAUUAUCCUUAUACACCGUCCUCGUUCACGUCCUCUUCGCCGGCUCGAGUGCCGCAGUCUGGAGCUCCCGAGGCGUCCUUGGUACCAGGCAGAAAAGUCCCCCAUGUGCAUCGUGUAGAAAGACUAAUUCAUCUCGAGCUCGCCGAUUUGAGGAUCCGUGAUCUUGGACAGUGCGCUGAGUGUGGGAAAGAGCAUCGCGAGUGGUUCGAGGUUGAGGCACACAAAGAAGCGCUGCGUCGCGUAGACGAGUGUGUCCGGCGAUGGGUCUUGUGGGGCGAAGCGAUGAGAUGA